CACACACUUCCUGGUCCAACCCUUUUUCUCGCCUUUUAGUUUCUUGACAGCGAGUUUAAAUACUGGAAAACCUUUUAGACAACGUUUUUCAGCUAAUAUACAAUGAAAUUGAAUACAUAAAAGUGUUCGGAUCUAGACCAACAUGAUUAAACCCUGAUCUGACGAAAAGACAGAAGUACAGAUCCUCUUAUUUCGAGAAGAAUUUGAAAAUGACUGAUCCAAAUAAGGCUUCACGCAAGCUAUCCACAUCUGGGGACAGCCUAUACAAGACAUUAGGAUUGGAGAAGGGAGCUUCAUCAGAAGAAAUUAAAAAGUCUUACAGGAAACUAGCACUGCGCUAUCAUCCAGACAAAAACCCAGACAACCCAGAAGCUGCUGAAAGGUUUAAAGAAAUCAACAAUGCCAACACCAUUCUUAACGAUGAGCACAAACGGCAGAUCUAUGAUGAAUAUGGCUCCAUGGGCCUCUAUAUUGCAGACCAGUUCGGGGAUGACAGUGUCAAAUACUACUUCCUCAUGUCAAAGUGUUGGUUCAAGACACUUGUAGUCUGCGGUAUGAUCUUUACUUGCUGCUGCUGCUUCUGCUGUUGCUGUUUCUGCUGUGGAAAGUGUGGAACAAAGGAGGAAGAGGAGUUUUAUAUCGAUCCGGAGCAGCUGGAAGCUCAAAUGUUUGAAGAGCAAAACACAGCCAAUGAACCGGCUAUUAUAGGGCAGCCUAUUCCCUCUUCAGCUCCUGGAAAUUCAGCAUCAAGCACUGUGAUUAUUGGCAUGCCAGUGCCUAGUCCAGACCCCAUGAGCUCAAAUGCAGGUGGAGACGAAACCAUUACCGUACAACCUGCUGCCUUCAUGGAGGUCAAUGAUCCUUUUGCCUAUGAGCGACUAAACUCAUGACCAGCAAAACACUGAUAUGUUUCCAUGUUUGAAUUGCUGUUGGUAAGGGGGAGCCCUGUAGUGACUGAUUGAUAUUUGAGGGGCUGGGAAUUGCACAUGAUCAUUGUGGAUUGUAAACGUUUGAUUUUAAUUCUGAAUGUAUUGCACAUUGUUUACAUGUAUUCUGAUUACCUUCACUGUGCCAGCUUCUCUAAGAUGAGAUGCCUUUAUUUAUGCAUGGUUGAGAGAUUUUUAGUGACAGUUCUAAGAAAUAGGCAUCUCCAACCAAAUGAAACAGGCUAAUGUUCCAUAUAGACUGACAAAAACCAAUGUAAGUUUAAUCUUAUGAACAGAUCAGAACCAGAGCUUGUUUCAAAUUAGUUAUUUAAAGGUUGAUGCAGAAAAAGUUAAUCUGGGUGAAUUAAAUAAUAAUUUAAAUAAGACUAAAUGCCAAAAAAGAAUAAAUAAUCUUAAACAACAUUGGCACUUACAUUGUAGUCAUAACUUGCCUUUUUUCAUUUAAAAGUCUUUACUGUGGGUCUUUUUACACAAUAUACACUGAUAACCAUUUGAACUAUAAAUGAAUAUAGGAGCACAAAGGUGUUUUUUUUUUCUUUUUUAUAAUGAAGCUGAUUUGUUGCCAAGCCUGAGACUGUACUGUGACAAAAAUGUGAGUAAAUAUUAGUUUUUGAUAUCUGUAUGUACAUAGGGGUUUAUAUUUUAUCUGGUUUCCUACAGAACACACUUUGAAGGAGUUUUUUUUUUUGUUAUAUUUAUAGGAAUUUUAAAUUCAGCAUUGAUUUUAAGGAAUAAACAAAAUUAUAUAAAAUAAAUUACAAUCGUAAUUACAGUGCUUUGGAAUAUUUAAGCAUAUUUUGAGUAUCGCAAGAAAGUUAUCAGUAACAUCAAGCAAACUUCUGAUAUCUGUUUAUAUUUUCAUGACCUGGGUGUCUGGAUGUAAGUACACCUAAUUCAGUUUUUGUUGCUAAAUGUGACACAAAAAUAAAUGAGACUGCAUAGCUUUA